ACUCUCAUUUACUCUCUCUCCCUCUAAACCUACUCUUUCCCUCUCUCUCCCUCUCUCUCAUUCAACUCUCUUUUACUCUCUCUCUCUCUCUCUCUCUCAAACCCUCUCUCUAUCUUGCUCUUUCUUUCUCUCUCUGUCUUGCUCUCUCUCAACUCUCUUUUACUCUCUCUCUCUUCACUUCCUGUGUUCCAAACACAGACCUGUGUCUAAACAUACCACUGCUGGCUUGCAUACUGCAUACCACUCCUGGCUUGCUUCAGAAGCUAAGCAGGGUUGGUCCUGGUCAGUUCCUGGAUGGGAGACCAGAUGCUGCUGGAAAUGGUGUUCGAGGGCCAGUAGGAGGCACUCUUUCCUCUGGUCUAAAAACAAAUAUCCCCCAGGGUAGGGUGCUGUCUUUCGGAUGGGACGUUAAAUGGGUGUCCUGACUCUCUGAGGUCAUUAAAGAUCCCAUGGCACUUAUCGUAAGAGUAGGGGUGUUAACCCUGGUGUUCUGGCUAAAUUCCCAAUCUGGCCCUCAAACCAUCACAGUCACCUAAUGAUCCCCAGUUUACAAUUGGAUCAUUCAUCCCCCUCCUCUCCCCUGUAACUAUUCCCCAGGUCGUUGCUGCAAAUGAGAACGUGUUCUCAGUCAACUUACCUGGUAAAAUAAAGGAUAAAUAAAUAAAAUAAACAAAAUAUUGUCCUGAACAUCAAAUAUAUAACUAUUUCACAAAAGUGUUCCCAGAACAUAUACAGCCCUAACAAUUAGAGCAAAAUUAAUGGGAAGUAAUGAUGUUGUUAAGGGGUGGAGAAGUGUAUGUUUGAUUGUGCGUGUUUGUGCGUAUGUUUUGGCAUCUCUGGUGAAAUGAUAUCAGAGUGAUCACUCCACUUUCUCAGAUUGGGAUUCUAGACUGUUUCCUCAGACUGGACUGGUUGGACUGGUAGGGCUGUGACCAGAAAGGCUGUGACCAGUAGGGCUGUGGUCAUUAGGGCUGUGACCAGGGCUGCUGUAAUAGUGUCCCUAGGACCACCAGGGCUGUAUGACCAGAGUUUUGGCACCAUAACAGUGUCCCUCAAGCGGUGCUAUAAUCAGACCCUCCAGUCAUCAGACACUGAUCUGCUCCCUCCUGUCCCCAUGCUCUGGGUGUUGCAGUACUCAAUCACCCUGUAAUGACGUUAACCGUUUCUCUCAUACGCAUCAAUGAGACUUGCAUCAAUGAGAUAGGGACCAGCCUAAUGGUGACAGACACUCACGUAUUGUAGUCACACACACACACACACACACACACACACACACACACACAGACGUAUGGAUAUGAGCUCGUGGGCCAGGGAACACCCUACUUUUCAAACACGUAAAUGUUCCAUCCACAGAGAGAUGAAACAGAGAACAGGGAGGCAGUGACAACCUCUGACAGAUUACCACACAAUCAGCAAAUACACAACAUAUCUGUGUGUAUGUGUGUUAUGUUUUGAACCUGCCUGCCUACCAUACCAGGGGACUCUUGGGUAGAGGUUUGUGGGGGGGAGAGGUUUGAGUAAGGGGGGAUGCAGGCGAGGUGAGGGUGAGUAAGAGAUGAGUCAGCUGCCCUCAGCUAUAAGAGAAGCCCUGAUGGAGCCUGGGAGUGACACAUACACAAACCCUAAGAGGAGUACCCGUGCUGUUCUUUAUAUAAACACGGAGAAACCACCAGGUUCUAGACACAAACCUGCACACAUAUUGACACAGGUACACACGUUCAGGCACAUACGCCCAUUCAUCCAGACUACAGAUAUGGACUGCUCCAUGGCCCUCCUGUUGUCCUCUCUGUUGGCUCUGUUCAGCGUGGGGGCGGGAGCUUCACUCUCAUUGCAUGUAGUGAGGACCAAGGUCAAAGACCUUGCUCAAACCAUGGUGAUUAGGAUCAAAAAGCUGGAUAUAUCUCCUAACCUAAUCGAGGGCAUGGACCCUUUUCUCCCUGCAGCUGCAGUAGAUCAGCAUAUAGAAAGUCUGCCUUCCAUAGUGGAGACCAUGGGGUUCUACCAGGACCUACUGCUCUUCCUAGACUGGGCAGACCUCAAACAGCUGGUGGAAGACACCUCCACUAUGAGGGGUCUGCUGGAGAACUGGAUGAUAUCACGCUGCCCAGGCCACCAGCAGAAACAGACAGGAGAGGGAGGGCUGUCAGAGGCUCUGAAAGACACUACCAGGAAGUAUGGUCUGAGUGUGGGUCCAGUUGCGCUAAACAGACUCAAGGGCUACCUCGGUCGGUUACUACUGAACCUGGAUCAGCUGAAUUACUGUUACUAAUGUUGAUCAUCACUGAGCAACUGAACUCAGAUCAGUUUGUGCCAUGCUGAACAACUGUUACUGACAGUGACUGUCAAUGAGUAACUGAACUAUGAUCAACUCGUGAUCUGCUGAAAUCCUAGAAUGAGUUGAAGCAAGACUGGACAGUGGGGUCAUGGUGUCUGAAGAUUCUCCAAAAUGUAGGUCAUCCCACUGUCACCAUCUCCCGCUAAGUUAUUAAGACAUUUUAUAUUGUAUUAUUUAGACAAGGACUGUAUCUUUAUUUAUAUUUAUUUCUAUGAAGAAGAGAAAAAUAAGCAGCUUUGUUUUGUAGCAUUAUACACCCAUCAGUCAUUGGCACAGGGGGAAGUGUUUACUAAGCAUUGAAUCAGCUGUAUUGCAGAAUGUACACACACACGUUGCGUAAUGCUGCCUGCUCCAGGGAGGACUAGACUGCAUGUGUGUAGUGAUGUCAUCAUACUCACAGAGAGGUUUUCCUGAAAGCUAAGACAGCCUCUGCCAGGAAACCAGAUGUUUUGAUGUUAGAGCAGUGACAGAGAGGGAAGGA